AUGAAGUUGACGAUGGGCGAGGUGGUCGACUACUUCCGGCCGACGUCGGGCAACUCGCUCUGCGACAUGCUUGCGAGCUCCACCAAGCACGAAUUCUCUCCCGACGAGGUGGCGUGGUACACGCCGACGUACCUUGGCAGCAACGCUAUGGGAGGCUCCGCGAGAGCCUGGCCUAGGGACAACGUUCCUGGAGACGAGCGGGCUUACCUGCCGUUCUGGGGUGGUGCUGGGGCUCGUUCGGGCUGCUGCCACAGCUCGCUGACAUCAGGCGCUGCGUGGGGCCAGACGUUCGACCUCUACGCCGCGGGCGAUUCCGUGUGGUGGCUGAGCUGCUCGGCGGCAGAGGCUGCCGCCGCCUCCGCCGGAAGGUCGAUCGCGAUGAAGUUGACGAUGGGCGAGGUGGUCGACUACUUCCGGCCGACGUCGGGCAACUCGCUCUGCGACAUGCUUGCGAGCUCCACCAAGCACGAAUUCUCUCCCGACGAGGUGGCGUGGUACACGCCGACGUACCUUGGCAGCAACGCUAUGGGAGGCUCCGCGAGAGCCUGGCCUAGGGACAACGUUCCUGGAGACGAGCGGGCUUACCUGCCGUUCUGGGGUGGUGCUGGGGCUCGUUCGGGCUGCUGCCACAGCUCGCUGACAUCAGGCGCUGCGUGGGGCCAGACGUUCGACCUCUACGACUCGAGCUUGUUCGACAAGCAGGCGCCCGUGAGCGACCUGUCAUACGCCGACAGCACGACGGGACGGCCGUGGGCCGAGUGCGGCCAAUACACAAGCCAGUGGUGGGGCGUCGACCUCGGGAGCGAGGUGUAUGUGCGCUACGUGCGGCUGCAGAACCGCAACGACUGCUGCGCGGAGCGGCUGACGGACGUCGACAUCUAUCUCGGCACGACGGCAGAGACGUACACGGGCAACGCGCUGGUGAAGUCAGACGUGAGCGUGUUGUCGAACGUGAUGUUGGAGGUGGAGAUCAACGCGUUGGGGCGCUACAUCUACCUCAACCGGCCGUCUGCGGCGGGGCUGACGGUGUGCAAGUUCUACGACUCGAGCUUGUUCGACAAGCAGGCGCCCGUGAGCGACCUGUCAUACGCCGACAGCACGACGGGACGGCCGUGGGCCGAGUGCGGCCAAUACACAAGCCAGUGGUGGGGCGUCGACCUCGGGAGCGAGGUGUAUGUGCGCUACGUGCGGCUGCAGAACCGCAACGACUGCUGCGCGGAGCGUCUGACCGGCAUUGACAUCUAUCUCGGCUCGACGGCGGAGACGUACACGGGCAACGCGCUGGUGAAGUCGGACGUGAGCGUGUUGUCGAACGUGAUGUUGGAGGUGGAGAUCAACGCGUUGGGGCGCUACAUCUACCUCAACCGGCCGUCUGCGGCGGGGCUGACGGUGUGCAAGUUCUACGUCUUCGCAGGAAAUCGCAAUG